UUCACUGUCUGUUUUCUCGGGACUGCUGGAGGAGAGAAGAAGCGAAAAAGCGCCGCCAGCCAGCAAGCAGAUGUUAGCUGGACCAUACAUCAGGCACAAACCAGCUGUUCAAUUCACACGGAGAAUCCCAUUAUUUCACUAAAAUGUGGCAGCCUGCGUCAGAGCGAUUGCAGCAUUUUCAGAACAUGCUGAAGACCAAACUCAAUGUCCUGACACUCCGUAAGGACCCACUGCCCACGGUGAUCUUCCAUGAGCCAGAGGCCAUUGAGCUGUGCUCUACAACACCUCUCAUGAAAACUCGCACACAGUCUGGGUACAAGGUAAUAUACCUGGGAAAGGUGACAAUCUCAGGCACCCAUUUUCUCUCAGGCUGCACAGAGUCUGCUGUGGUGGGAUUAUGGGAUAUGAAGGGAUCCUCCACCAGCCUGGGAAAUUCUGUCACCACCAGCAAUGCCCUCCUGGAGAUCCGCCCAUUUCAAGUGCGAUUGCAUCACCUCGAUGAGCGGGGCGAGGCCUCAGUUGCCAUGGACACCUUCCAGGUGGCUCGUAUUGCAUACUGCACUGCAGACCACGAGAUCAGCCCAAAUGUGUUUGCAUGGAUCUACCGACAAAUUAACGACGAUUUGACCUUCCAGAUGGACUGCCAUGCUGUGGAGUGUGAGAGCAAAUUAGUGGCCAAAAAACUAGCCCACUCCAUGAUGGAAGCCUUCAAGAAGACUUUCCAUAGCAUGCGUAGUGAUGGUCGCAUCAACAAAAGCAGCUCCUCAGAUGAGUUUCCUGAAGAUUCCACCACCGCUGAUGAUGGCUGAGGCAGAGAUCUGGGAGGUGUGGCCUCUUUGGUGUGGGCAGGGGAAGGGCUGUGGCUGUGAGAAUGGGUGGGACUUACAGUUCCCUCUCUUUCUCUUUUUUGCCCUCUCUUUGAGUCUGAUGGCAUAAUGAAGCAUUAAAAAUAAUCUGAAAUGUAUGGACAAUAAUAAUAAACUAAAUCUGUAAGGUGGGCAGUGAAGUCUAAUAAAGCAGAAUUUUAAGCAAAAUGCCAAAAGAAAAGCACCCAGGAAGUUUCUGUCUGCCUGACAAACAGCUGUAUCAUGGCAUUGUUUCUCAAGCACCUGAACAUUAAAAAAAAUUGUUAUAGUACAGCACAUUGUUAUGGAACAUUGUUCUAGAACAUUGCAAUGGAACAUUCCCCUCAAACUAAAAGCUGCUGUGUGACUCUAAGAAGGAGUGGGACUUCUGUUGCUUUUUUUAGCCAGUCAAAAUCUUGGGAAUUAUAGUCUCAAUCAUUCAUGAUAUCUUUAUACAGUAAUACAAAAGAAGAUUAGUGCCUCUGAGUGAAAGACAGUGAAAGCUGAAUAUUUUUACUGGCUGCAGCAGGCAGCCAUUCCCACUUCAUUCUCUCAGCUUUUAGUAGGCCCUAGAUAAGUCAGCUAUACUGAAUGGGCUUUAAAUUGUGUUUUUAAGAAUCCAAGAUGUCUCACUGUGAUGUGAUAUUUGUAUUCUCUGUCUGCAGACCAUGAGCCUUCUCACAACUCUAUGGAACGGGUUCUCAAUUGUAUUAUCACAGUAUUAUCAAAUCCUGUGUGUCUGUGUGUGUGGGCAUGUUUGAGGAGCUUGUGUAUUUCAGUAUAAAUAAAGCUUAGAAAAGAUGUGUGUGUGUGUGUGUGUGUGUGUGUGUGUGUGUGUGUGUGUGUGUGUGUGUGUGUGUGUGUGUGUGUGUGUGUGUGUUUAGAGCUAAUCAUGAUAUUUCUUCCAGCUACAUUCACAUCUGUGUGCAGAUGUUCCAGGAGUGUGUCCUGUAUGCAGACUAUGUAUUGCCCUUUUGCUGUUCUCAUUCCGCUGCUUUGGUAGUGAAGGGCUAAAGGCUUGUCACCAACCCUUCUUUAACUUCUGGGGGCAAAAGUCAAAAGUCAUUCCAGAAGCUGCUCAGUAUGGGUAUGUAUAGGAGCUGUGUGGCAGGGAGAAAGAUGUCACAGGACCCAAGACAUUGAGUGGUCCGUGAGAGCGCCAGUCUCUUCUCCUGCAGUGUGAAUGUAGGUUGUGAUGUCAUACCUUCAAGCUCUGCAACCCUAUACAUGUUGAACGUCUUGCUGAUUAUUCCAAUUAACAAGAACUAUGCUUUUGUUUGUUUAAAUACUUUUUAUUUGUUUGUACAGGAUAUGUGGAAGCUGAACAGUGGUUUCAGUGUGCUUUCACAUGUACCUAUGUGAUUUGUUUCCUGAAGAAUCUGGAACACCUGUGUGGCCCAAAUUCUGGUUGCAAUGGAAGUGCCUAAGACAAGCAGUAGGUGUAUGAUAAUGUUUGGGAAGGGGUGGAUUAGAGGGAAUGGAGCUUUUGUCUGGUGUAAACAAGCUCAUGAACUGAUCAUGAACUAACCAGCAUGGUUUGGAAUUUAUUGUAUUCUGUAAAAUCUGCCAACACCCCAGGAAACAGAAUUUGAUAUGUGAAAACACUGAGUUAACUUCUGUACACUUCACUGUGAGAUACUGUAUGCAUAUGCUUAUUUGUCAAAGUGUUCAUUUCUGCACAAAUACAUAGCUCCAGUUCCUUUAGAAGCCCCACAGAAUUGGGGCAGUGGAAUUUGGAACAGAAUUAACUCAUACACAGGUUGAUGAAAUGAGUUUCAUUUAAAUUCUGAUUCUGAUUUCAUAUCAAAUCUGAUUAUAUUGAAAUGGACUGAAUUCUGGCUCAGGAUAAAAA